AAAGGAAGAAGAAGAAAAGACGACGAAGAAGAAAAAAGCGGGAUACGUAAAAUAUUUUUUAAAAAAAGAUGGAAGUCGAGGGAGGCACCUGUGAGGGGACAGACGUCCUCCCCACAUCUACUUUAGAAUUAUACGAGUCUCAGUUUUUUGGCUUUACGCCGCAAACGUUCAUGUUUCGCCUCUCCAGCGCCUUUUUGGAUUCUCUGAGCGACAUUUUGAGCGUCGUCGAGAAAGUGUGCGUGCGACAGCUGAGCCACUCUGCGUCGGGAGCGACGACGGAAGAGCAGCUCGCGGUCCAAGUUAGGGAGAGUAGCCGCAAGUUCCAAGCGUUUAUCGGCGAGCGCUUCAAGAAGCUGUCGGAGUCGAUAGAAGAGCUGCUGGUCGCUCGUUGUUUCUCCGUACCGCCCAACGUCCUGUUGAAGGAGGACCAAUGUCACAGAAAACGUCCUCCGGACAUCCAGGAGAUGCUCAGAAUGGAGUCGUCCAUUACGGAGCUCCGUCGGGCUCACGAGGCUGAGGUGUGCGCUAGACAUGCGCUGGAGGCUGAGCUUGAGGAGCAAGCGGAGGUGCAGAAACAGCUGGAUGAAUUCCUGGCCUUGAACAGAGAGCUACAGGCCGCUUGGCUCGUGGAGGGGAACGGCAGCUUCCAGGAAAGGUUCCAACUGGUGGUGGCGUCCGUAAAGAAAUUGCAGGAAGACAUUCUGGAGGUGUGCAACAAAGUGCCAAGUUCCAACUGAACUAGCUUUUUUUUUUUUUUAGUUUUUUUUUUUUUUUUAUUUAGCUGUAAAUAAAAGUUCCCAAUUACUACAAGACUUUUGCACAACUUUCUACUCUUAUGUAUGUCACAUAGCAAGGUAGGAGAGAGAAAGAUUCUGUAAAUUUCACUAUUAUAGAACAGUAUCAUCUUCAUAGUAGGGCUGUACAUUUAUGGCUGAAAUAAUAAACAUGAUUAGAUCAA